CUCCUAUUCCUCCCACCCUUCAGGUCAGGCAUCUGGUUGGCUGGCCCUGCUUCCUGUCCGGUAAGGCCUGCCGCUGUGGAGCCACUAGCAUGCAGUUCCUCUGUGUGUCCAUGGGGUGGAGCUGCUGAGCCAUGGAUGACUUCACUACCAAUGAUUUCACCACCAGAACAUAUGGCACCAGCGGCCUUGACAACAGACUGCUGUUUGGAGAAACCUCUGCUCAGGACAGAGCCAUCAACCUGGUGGUCGGAGGACUGACAUCCCUGCUCGUUGUAGUAACAGUGAUCAGUUCAUUCCUGUUCCCCUCGUUGCCUCCCUGGCCACUCAACGUCUUCUUGGCUUUCUGUAUCCUGCUGACCUGCGGCUCGGCCAUGGUGCUGAUUGUCUGGUACCGGCAGGGGGACUUGGAUCCGAAGUUCAGGAAGUUAAUCUACUACAUGCUGGCCUCCAUCAUGCUGCUGUGUCUCUGUGCUAACCUGUACUACCACGACGUGGGCAGAGGGACGUGAGACUGGACAUGCCUUACUCACCCUUACUGCCAGGGGACUGUCCCUGA